AUCUAUCUAUCUAUAUAUAUUUGCAAACGUAAGUAUUCAUUGUUCAACUAUCCUUAUCCUUAGCUAUAGGUAGUCACCAUUCUAUAAAUAGCUGAUAUUAAAACCAAACUAAUAUAACCAAUUUUUACUGAGCAAGACAUGGCUUCUACUGGUGAUCCUGAGUACAAAUCAUCUUCAACUCCGGCUCCGGCUUCUUCGGUUGGUGUUGAUCACUCUAAGUUUGAUUUGAUCCUAAGGUUUCUGUUGUUUGCAGCAUCAGUGGCAUCAGUUGUUGUGAUGGUUACUGGUAAUCAAACAGUAUAUCUACCUGUGCCACGACCAGCCAAGUUUAGAUACUCACCAGCCUUUGUAUAUUUUGUGGCUGCAUUCUCUGUUGCUGGGCUUUAUAGUAUCAUUACAACUUUUAUAUCACUCUCUGCCAUCCGAAAGCCAAACCUCAAAACCAAACUUCUCCUCCAUUUAAUCUUCUGGGAUGCGGUGAUGUUGGGGAUAUUAGCUUCAGCAACAGGAACAGCUGGGAGUGUUGCAUAUUUGGGUUUGAAGGGAAACAAGCAUACUGAUUGGCAUAAAAUUUGCCACAUCUACGACAAAUUUUGUAGGCAUAUUGGUGCCUCUGUAGGAGUUGGAUUGUUUGGUAGCAUUGUCACUCUUUUGCUCAUUUGGAUUUCAGCUCACAGCAUUCAUAGUCGAGUUCCAAAGUAGAUUCAAAGAAAGUUGUGGAUCAUUCUUCUUCACACAUAUAUGCACUUAUUUAUCUUUGUAGUGAAUUGUUUGUUAAGUAAUUAGAUAGUGUGUUUAGUGAUUUAUUAAUGUUUAAUUGACUUCUAUUUUUGUGAAUGUUUGCUUUCAUUGUUCUUGUAAAUGUGUGUAAUUAUCUACCAAGGAGCACAUUGUAUUUUACAUUCUAUUAGUGUGGCACAUGAUUUUGGGUUAUUUUGCUCCCUCAAAUAUAAAAUAGAUUGAAUAAUUAACCAAGAAAA